AUGGCAAGAACUAAGCAAACAGCAAGAAAGUCCACUGGUGGUAAGGCCCCAAGAAAGCAGCUAGCUUCUAAGGCAGCCAGAAAAUCCGCUCCAUCUACCGGUGGUGUCAAGAAACCUCACAGAUAUAAGCCAGGUACUGUCGCCUUGAGAGAAAUCAGAAGAUUCCAGAAGUCUACUGAGCUAUUGAUCAGAAAGCUACCAUUCCAGAGAUUGGUUAGAGAAAUUGCUCAAGAUUUCAAGACUGAUUUGAGAUUCCAAUCCUCCGCCAUUGGUGCUCUACAAGAAUCUGUCGAGGCCUACUUAGUGUCCUUGUUCGAAGAUACAAAUUUGGCUGCCAUUCAUGCCAAGCGUGUUACCAUCCAAAAGAAGGAUAUCAAAUUGGCCAGAAGAUUAAGAGGUGAAAGAUCUUGA